AUGUACCACGAUGUCAAGAGGCGCCUGCCCUAUUACUGGAGCGACAUCACCGAUGCUUGGACCUACAGAACGGUUGCCAGUACGAUUCGCAUGUAUUUUGUCAAUCUUCUACCCGCCCUCGCAUACACUUUAGAUAUGUACCGCCGAACUGGCGAGUUCUUCGGCGUCAACGAGGCACUCUUCUCCUCUGCCCUCGCUGCCAUGGUCUUCAGCAUCCUCGGCGCGCAACCUCUUACCAUCGUCGGCAUCACUGGCCUCAUCUCGCUCUUCAACUACACCAUCUACGACAUCAUCAUCCAGUACGACGCCUCAAUAUACCCACAAUUCAUGGCUUGGACCGCCAUUUGGGCCGCCAUCUUUCACUGGUUGGCUGGAGUUUGGAACCUAUGCGAUUACAUGCGUUAUGUGACCGACUUCUCGAGUGAAUCCUUCGGCAUGUACGUCGGCAUCAUCUACAUGAUCAAGGGGGUUGAGGAACUUGUGAAUGAGUUCAGCGUCGAGGGAAACGCAGCAGGCUACCUUGCGUGCAUGAUUGCCAUUCUCUACUUCGGGAGUAUAUAUGGCCUCGAGAAGCUUGGUGCAAGUGUCAUGUGGAAACCUUGGUUCCGCGGUCUUCUAGCGGAUUACGCUUACGUGAUCGGGACGCUCUUCUGGGUCGGCUUUUCACACAUUCCCGGAAACCUAAAGUCGACCCAUCUUACCUUCGUCCCCAUCUCCCGGGCCUUUCAUCCCACUCAGCCUCGCAGCUGGCUGAUAGACUUCUGGAAUCUCGACGUCAAAUGGGUUUUCGUUGCCCUGCCGUUCGGAUUACUGAUCAUGCUGCUCUUCUACUACGACCAUAACGUGAGCAGCCUCACGGCCCAGGCCCGCCAAUUCCCGCUCAAGAAGCCGGGCGGCUUCCACUGGGACUUCUUCCUGCUUGGCUGCACCACCUUCGUGGCCGGCAUCCUCGGGCUGCCCAUGCCCAACGGCCUGGUGCCGCAGGCCCCCGUGCACACCGACUCGCUGACCGUCUACGAGACCGACCUCAAGGUCAUCGCCACGGCCGAAGGCGAGGGCGCCGAGCUGCGCCAUCCCGUCGUCAGGGCCGCGGCCGUCGUCGAGCAGCGCGUGUCUCACUUCCUCAUGGGCCUGGCGCUGAUCGGCACCAUGACGGGUCCGCUGCUGAUCGUGCUGCACACCAUGCCGGCGGCCGUGUUUGCUGGUGUCUUCUUCGUCGUUGGUUGGGGUUCCAUCGAAUCGAACGGCAUCGUCGGAAAGCUUGUCAUGCUUAUGCGUGAGCGUCGUUUCAUCCAGCACGACGAGCCGCUCCUCAGAAUCGAGCGGAGGAAGAUAUGGAUGUACAUCGGCUUCCAGGUCGUCGGCGUCGCCGCUUGCGUGGCCAUCUCGCAGACGAUAGCCGCCAUAGGCUUCCCGGUCCUCAUCUGCGCCAUGAUUCCGCUGCGAACGCAUGUUCUGCCCAAAGUUUUUACCAGGCAUGAACUCGAGGUCUUGGAUGAUCUGACGGCGAACAACUCUGCGGUGCUGGCGAGCUUAGGCGGCGCACCGACGCUUCCGGAGAAUGCCACGCCGGACAAUUAUGGCGUGGAGAAGAGAUAUCAUGAAAAGGGACAUGGGGUCGAGAGACAAAGAGCUGGAAGUAUCCACCGCUGA